AUGCCUUGCAUAAACGAUUUUAUACCAGCAACAACAACCACGCCACAACCAACUACCGGUAAAAAUAUUGCCAUGGCCAAGCAUAUUCACGAUGAAGAGGAGCAGCAGCAGCAGCAACCUUUAAAAUCGGGAACAAAACGAAAGCACCUUGAAGUUCCACCACGGUAAUCCGGUCGGCCCACCACAAUUGAUACACUAAUAAUAAUCGACGGUGAUGACAACGACCAAGCAGCAUUUCAACUGCAGAAGCGUGAACUGAUUUUAUAUGGUUCGUCAGAAAGUGGGGGGGGGGGAAUCUAAAUCCAUUCUCACAAAAUGCAAGUCCAAUAUCACUGUGAACACCCAAAAACAGUACCUAACCUACGAACUGUUCGCAGGCAUGAGGCGUAAGGCACUUGAAACAAUCAAGGAACAACGCGACAUCUUGCAGAAAAUUAACGCUGCCGAAUUCGUACUCACAGGUUUGCUGAAAAAACAAUAAAAACAAUCGUAGUUAGAACACAAAAUGUAAAUACAUUAAAAUUUCUUAAUAAAACAUUUUUAAACUUUCAAAUGUGUACGGGUUUAUAACUGAACAUUUUUUGAAACCCGAGAAUCAUGGGAAAACAUACAAGAAUAAACAUACUCCGAAGAAUAACAUCUUGUAAACUCAAGAUAUGAGCUAUAACACAAGACAACAAUUUUGCGGUGAUAUUUCGACUCUAUUUCAAAGUCAUUGUCAAACCAGAAUAAGCUAUUUACAAACUUGCUAUCAUAUUAUAUACAAAGAAACAGGAAGAGAUGACGUAUUAGAAACAUUACACUAUUGACAUACAAUGAUACUAAAUUAAGAAAAGACCACGAGUUCUUUAGACGCUCUUAAUCCGUUAUUAAGCACGGGCUUUCUGUAUUUAAUAUACAGAGCUUCAAGGAAUAGGAGAAGGUUGGAAUUUGUGUGCUUAAGAGUGUGAAGAGUUUGAGUGUUAGUCUGGAUGAGAUUGUGAAAAGAGAGCGGUGUGUCUAGUUUGACUGUGUCACUGUUAUUUAUGUCAUUAAGGUUGUCAAACAUGUGGUUCAAAUUAAGGAUGAAAUUAGCAUGUUCACAUUCCGACAGAUGUUUUGAAAUCGAACUUUUUUGUGGAUCUGAGUGUUCCGAUAAUCAAGUAGCCAAAUUUCUUUCUGUUUUGCCUAUGUAGGAACUGUUGCAACCAGGACAAGUAAAUUCAUAAACAAUAUUGCUACACGAAGAAUUAGGAAUUUUGUCUUUUUUAGGCAAGAAAUAUGAUAUCUUCUUAGUGUCAUAAAUUACGACAAAUUUGACCGGCUGUAUGAGAUUCCGCUGUAUUUUCUUAAGAAGCUUUUUAACCAAAAAUUCUCCCUGCUUCCCCAAGAAAGGUAUUCUUAUCCAAAUUUUAAGUCUGGUAUCAUCAGAAAAAUCAUUUUGAGAUGGUAGUCAUUGGUGUUGUGUUUGCUACAAUCCGCGCUAGAGUUGACUUCAUGCUUGGCCUUUAGUUUGCGAAUAAUUGAAAACCGCACAUUGGCAGGAAAGCCAUUCCAAGACUUAAAUUUGGAAAUCAUAGAGAUUUGUUUGUUGAUAAAAGUCAAGUUACUACAUAUAUGAUGAUGAUGGCGGAAAGACGCUUCUCUAGAUUGUCUACCAUUUUAGUCGUAUUUUUAUCUCUAUUUUUGCUCGUGGAGUCUUUUAAACCUUGUCGAAGGUUAGUUAAAGGUGCCUCCUGUCUAAUGUGUGCACUUAAACUGGAUAUCAAGCAGUUUCCAACAAGAAAUACGCCUGGUCUACCGAGACAUUCUCCUUCCACUACUAAAGCCAGCCUGCCACCAUCUUGUAAAUUGAAAGUUAGUUUACAUUUGCUGAAAUUAUCUAUGGUUGCUUCCUCGUUAGUUCUUUUAUCUGGCGAUGUGAAUUUAAAUCCUGGUCCUUAUGUAGAUGAUCUGCCAAAAGCUCGUGGCUUCAAAGUGGCUCACCUGAAUGUACGAAGCUUGGUAAACAAACUGGACGACAUUAGUCAUCUCGUAAGAAGUAAAUCGUUCGAUAUUUUUUCAGUUUCUGAGACUUGGCUCAAUCCCACUAUAUUGGAUACUGAAAUUGACAUUCCUGGCUAUACGUUAGUAAGACAUGACCGCAAUGGCAAACGAGGUGGUGGAACAGCGAUUUUUGUUCGAGAUGGCAUUCCCUAUAGACACCUAACGGACUUGUUUGACGGGGUAAACGAAGCUUGCUGGAUUGAAAUAAACCGUGCUAAAUGUAAAAAGUUAAUCGUUUGUUGUGUGUAUAGACCGCCAGAUUAUUGCUGUGACUCUUUGAUUGACUAUUUUAACACAUCUCUUUCAAAAUUGCCUGCUGAAACUGAAGUUGUAAUUCUGGGAGAUUUUAAUGCCGAUUUCUCAGCCGAGAAGAAUACUGCCGCGUAUAAAGCGAAGCAGAAGUUACAAAGAUUUGCAAACCUGAAUGAUUUUGAACAAUUGAUCAAAACUCCCACUAGAAUUUGUAACCAGACGAGAACUCUGAUUGAUUUAGUUUUUGUCAAUAAUAGUCAUCGUGUUGUUGAAAGCGGAGUCAUUCACUCGGCAAUUAGCGACCACUCUAUUGUUUAUUGCACUAUAAAAUCUGGUGUUCCCAAAGCUCCUCCAAAAACAAUUGAAUAUCGCUCUUACCGCACAUUUGACAAGAACUCUUUUAUUCAAGAUCUUAAGUCAAUUGACUGGGAUAUAAUAGACGAAAUUCAAGAUCUAGAUGCUGCUGUCGAAACAUCGAAUACACUCUUUUCUGAUGUUGCUGAUAAACAUGCACCUAUUAAAAGGAGCCGCAUCAAAGGAACCAAAACACCCUGGUUGACGGCUAAACUUAAAGACGCGAUGCGAGAUCGUGAUUACCAUCAUAGAAAGGCUAUUAAAAGUAACUCUGAAUUUCACUGGAACAUGUACAAAAAAUUAAAAUGCCUUGUUACCAAACAAGUUAAGAAGAGUAAAGCCGAUUAUUAUCUCGAAUUAAUUAACAGAAACAAAAGCAAUUCUAGUGGACUAUGGAAAAUACUCAAUGAAAUUACAUGACGUAAAUCCACAUCGCCAGUCACUUGUAUUGAAGCGGACGGCGUAACCUACACGGACUCACAAUCCAUUGCUGAAGUCCUGAAUGAUUAUUUUUCUUCUAUUGGAUCGAAACUCGCUGCUAAGAUAACUCCUGGUCUAAAUUACAUCUGGAAAAACCCUUCUUUGACUGUUGAUGCUAAUCCUGUUAGUGGUUUCAACUUCCAACCUGUAGAAGAAGCGUUUGUCCGUACAGAAUUAAAUCGGCUAAAGACCAACAAAGCCAUAGGACUUGACAAGAUUAGCGCGCGUCUUCUAAAGGACUCUGCCUCAUUAAUAGCACCAGUUUUAACAAAGUUGUUCAAUAGGUCAUUGGAGUCGUCGAAAUUCCCGUCGAUCUGGAAAUUUGGUAAAGUCACUGCUCUAUUUAAAUCUGGAGACAGAUGCGAUUCUGGAAAUUAUAGACCGAUCACUAUUCUACCCACGGUCAGCAAAGUCUUAGAGAAGGUUGUACAUCACCAAGUUUACAAAUACCUUGUGGAUGAAAAGAUUCUAUCGCCAGUGCAAUUUGGUUUCAGACCAAAUCUAUCAACCGAAGUCGCUUUGAUACAUUUUACUGACUCGAUUCUUGAUAAUAUGGACAAAGGCGCUGUCACUGGAGCAGUCUUUUUGGACCUAUCAAAGGCCUUCGACACGGUGAACCAUUCUAUACUAUUUUCAAAAUUAUCGAAGGCUGGAUUUACUGAUGCCACUAUAACAUGGUUCAAAUCAUACCUAUAUCAGAGAAUACAGGUAACAAGAGUGGAUAAUGCUACCUCUUCUGCAAAGUAUGUCUCAGUUGGAGUUCCACAAGGGAGUGUCCUUGGACCACUCCUAUUUAUCCUUUACGUGAACGACUUGCCGUCUUGUAUUAAGAAGUGUAAAGUGACUAUGUAUGCAGAUGACACGGUUCUUUAUUUCUCUUCCUCUACGUUGUCGGAACUUGAGGAAAAUUUGAAUGCUGACCUUGAAAUCCUUCGCAGAUAUUUAAAUGACAAUCCUUUAACUUUGAACGCUGAGAAAAGCAAAUUUGUAAUCUUCGGCAGCACGCGUAAACUCAAUUCAUUCCGUGAGUUUUCAUUAGAGAUCAACGCACAUAACUUGGAACGUAGAGACACCUUCAAAUACCUUGGCAUUAAACUUAAUCAAAUUAGAUAUGUCUUGGUCGGACCAGAUUGA